AGUCAGAUACGUCACUUUUUUGGUAGGCUAAUAUGGAGUGGUAGCGGCUGAAUGUGUUUUCUUAAAUAAAUCGAAAAGUACUAAACAAAGCAUAGUUAUUAAUUAGUCUGUAAAGUAUAAAAUUGUUAAAGUGUGAGGACAAAAUGUCGUAUUCUAAUAAAUAUACUUUUGCGGCUUUACCAAGGACCCAGCGAGGGACACCAUUGGUGUUAGGUGGGGACCCGAAAGGCCGUAACUUCUUAUACACGAAUGGAAACUCCGUUAUAAUCAGGGAUAUUGAGAAUCCAGCAAUCGCAGAUGUGUAUACGGAACACUCGUGUCAAGUAAACGUCGCUAAAUAUUCUCCAAGUGGAUUCUACAUUGCAUCUGGAGAUGUGUCAGGCAAAAUCAGGAUCUGGGACACGGUGAACAAGGAGCAUAUUUUGAAGAAUGAAUUUCAGCCAAUAGGAGGUCCCAUCAAGGACAUAGCAUGGAGUGCGGACAGCCAACGGAUGGUAGUUGUUGGAGAGGGCAGAGAGAGAUUCGGCCACGUGUUCAUGUCAGAGACGGGCACGUCAGUGGGCGAGAUCAGUGGCCAAUCAAAGCCGAUCAACUCUGUGGACUUCCGUCCGUCACGUCCGUUCCGCAUCGUCACAGCUUCGGAGGACAACACGAUUGCUGUGUUCGAGGGCCCGCCGUUCAAAUUCAAGUGCACUAAGCAGGAGCACACCCGUUUCGCCCAAGCCGUCCGCUACAGCCCUGAUGGGAGUUUAUUCGCCUCGGCCGGCUUUGAUGGCAAGAUAUACUUGUAUGAUGGCGCCACCUCCGAGCUGAAAGGAGAGAUCGGCUCCCCUGCGCAUAAAGGUGGUGUGUACGGUAUCGCGUGGUCACCCGAUGGUAAGCAGUUAUUGUCGUGUUCCGGGGACAAGACCUGCGCUAUCUGGGAUAUCGAGACCAUGCAGAGGGCGACACUGUUCAAUAUGGGCGCUGCUAUUGAGGACCAACAGGUGUCCUGCCUCUGGCAAGGCAAGCAUCUCCUCUCGGUGUCCCUGUCCGGAGUGAUCAACUACCUGGACGUAGACAACCCGAACAAGCCCAGACAGGUGCUGAUGGGACACAACAAGCCCAUCACCAGCCUCGCGCUACAUCCCGGGAGGAAACAUGUUUACACAGCGAGCCAUGACGGCUGUGUCACUAUGUGGGACAUUGAAACUGGUGAAGGUCGCCACGUCCAAGGUCAAGGUCACGGCAACCAGGUCAACGGCAUGAGGGCCAGCAAGGACGGAGCGCUACUCACCUGCGGUAUAGACGAUAACCUGCGCAAGGCUAUUCCUCAGGCUGAAGGUGACGUACCGUCGUACACCGACGCCGCCAUCCCGCUCGGGUCUCAGCCUCGCGGUAUGGACCACAUCGUUGAUGAUGACACCACCAUCGUCGCCACUGUAAAAGAGCUAGCAGUGGUGAUCGGCAACAGCAAACAAUCUUCGCUGCCGCUCAGUUACGAACCUACGUGUGUGGCUAUUGACCCCAAGUCGAGACACGUUGCUGUUGGCGGUGCGGACAACAAAGUCCACAUUUACACGUUGGACGUGCGCACGCUGUCGGCGAGCGCGGAGCUGCCGCAGCUCGGAGCUAUCGCGGACGCGCGCUUCAGCGCCGACUCCAGCUAUCUGGUCGCCUGCGACGCCAAUAGGAAAGUGGUUUUGUAUUCCACUGAUGAAUAUAAGCUGGCCCACAACAAGGAAUGGGGCUUCCACACCGCCAGAGUGAACUGUGUGGCCUUCAGCCCCGACUGCGGCCGCGUGAGCUCCGGCGCGCUCGACACCAACAUCAUCGUGUGGAGCGUGGCCGCGCCCGCCAAGCAUAUUAUUAUCAAGAAUGCACACCCUCAAAGCCAAAUCACAGGUAUCGCGUGGCUGGACGAUGAGACAAUAGUUUCGGUAGGACAAGACGCCAACACUCGUAUAUGGAACGUGCCUAAGGCUUAGGAUACCCUAUCGGACAAUAGGGUCUAAAGAAAGGGAUGCACGUAUUUAAUAGAAAAGGACGGACGUCCUGUUUCUCUUUCUUUCGUAUACCUCCAUCCCUUUCUGUCCCAAAUUGUGUGUAUCUGCAAGAUAACUAUGCUUCAUACUAGUGUUAUUCGUUUGAGCUAAUAUAUAAUGUGCAAGUGUUGAUUAUACAUUAAGAUACUUAAGUGAAAUUUUGAGGGUUAAAUGUCGCUUUACUGCUUUACUAUCGAGGUGUAUAGUAUAUAUUAAUAUACUCUGAUUUUUACGUCUGUUGCGUGGGAAUACUGUAAUGCAAACAAUAUUAUGAAUAAUCGUUCUAAUGUUAAUUGGCUUAUAUCCAAUCAUAAUUUUACGAGCGUGAAGAGUGAUAAAAUAUUUUCGCGAUGUACAAUGUACAGUCUCAAAUUUGAAUGGUUUUGUUAUACUUAUACGUAUGUCUGUCGUUAUACAUGUAUCAUUCUGGCAUUAAUAUUAAUUUAUUUACUUAUUUCCCUGCAAUAAAUAUAUUACAAACAAACAAACAGACAAAAAAGAGGCUUCACAUAUGAAUAGCACUAGUGUGAAGAUUAUUUAAUAUAUAAUAAAAAAGCCUAAUUGAAGGGACUAUUUUAGAACACGAUACAUCCAUGAAAUGUGAAAGUGUUUUUCACUAUAUAUAUAUAUAUAUAUAUAUAUAUAUAUUCGUGGCAAAUUAUAUAUCCUGUAUUUUAUACAUAUUGAGAUUACAUGCAUUUAUUUAUAUGGAUGUAUCGUCUGCUAUAAAUAGUUUUUGUAUAGUUGGAUAAAAGUAUAAUUCUAUGAACUGAUAUUUUUUAAUGUCCAUUAUCUACAAAAUUAUUUUUAAACUCAAUAUAUUUAUACUUUUAUAUAUAACUGUAAUGGUAUAUAUUAUCUAUAAUCGGAUACAAAAAUUGGAUAUCAAUACAUCGAGUGAACGUAAUAUAUUUAUAAAAGAAGUUCCUAAUAUUCCUAUAUUUUUUCCAACUAUAUCACUAAGGCGAUUAUUUGAAAAAUAUUAUAAUUUGUUUAUAAGCAAAUGAAAUGCUAACAUAUUUAUAUCGCUUGUAUUUUAGUUGUAAUAUUGAAUGCUCAGCUAAAGGACCUAAUUGGUACUAACACUACGAGUUUUUUUUGGGACUGAUGACUUCGUUUUGAUCUCUAUGUUUAACGGAGUAAAGUUCUAUUUGAUUUAAAUUGUUUUCUCAGUAUUUUUGUUUGUUUAAAUACAUUUAUAUAUGAAGAAAAAGGUGUGAAUACAAUGAUUUUUUUUAAAUAUUAAUUUUUCUGAUAAAAUGUACAUAAAUCUAUAUUGGUUUGGGUCAAUUUUAGAGCGUUAUAUCUAAAAAAUAAAAUCUUGUGAUAAAUAACAAAAUAUGAACAAUUUUAAAUAUCGAUUACUGUCGUCAGUCCCUUUUGAAAUUUGCUGGCAAAAAUUGUGAUUUUUGAUGAAAUUGAGAUCUAAAAGAUCGUGUCGAUUAACUAACGUGUGCACGCAUUUGACAUUUAACUGGCAGUUCAGAAAUGUACAAUGUUCAGAGCGCCUAACGAUCGCACGUGAAAAGACGUUUCAUAGUGAGCGAAAGAGAUAGCAAUGAUUUGCUUGCGGCUGCGCACCAUUACAAUGUUUUGUGCGCAUAUUCUUUUCUGUCGAUUGCAUUUGGACAGAGAUUCUAUAAAAAAAUAAGAAUAAUCUAAUACUGCGCGCGCAGGUACAUUUUUGAAAGGCGGUGUGUAAUUUUCUACAGUAUUUUUGUACUAAUUUCUUAUAUAUUAUUUAUUGUUUUUUUUUACGUGGUUUCUACUACUAAAAUGUAUGUAAGAUUAAAUAAAAAUGUAUACACUUGUAUAAAA